AUGAUGACGCUGAUACGGAGUCAAGUUCAGAGACAGAGCCGAGUGCUGGACCGUCCUCGGCCUCUGGACCGUUCUCGGCUCCUGGACCGUCCUCGGCUCCUGGACCGUUCUCGGCCUCUGGACCGUUCUCGGCUCCUGGACCGUCCUCUGCUGCUGGUUCUUCCUCUGCUGCCGGUCGUUCCCCUGCUGCUGCACCUACAGGUCCACAAAGGAAGAGAGCGAGGAAGCGCACCACCCAGGACACCUCCGCCCAGGAGCUAUCGCGCUUGGAGCUGGAGCUGA